AUGGCUUCGAACGUCACGAUGCCAGAGGCCCUCCCACCUCUACCCUCUUACGAGCUGACUCCCAUGCGAAGCCUCAUACCAGGACUUGACGACUUCUACUUGUCACUCAUUGCGCCCGUCAUUGCCUACUGGGCCGUCUCCAUCAUCUUCCACGUUAUCGACACCUACGACAUCUGGCCGCAGUAUCGACUACACACUCCCCAAGAAAUCGCUGCUCGAAACCGCGCAACAAGAUACGAGGUGUUUCGCGAUGUCAUUGUUCAGCAGAUCAUUCAGACAAUCGCCGGCGCUGCUCUCGGCUGGAUGGACCCGCCCCAGAUGACUGGUAUGGAGAACCACGAUGUUGCAGUCUGGGCAACCCGCAUUCGGCUUGCGCAAAGAGCUCUGCCCGCCAUGCUCGGACUUAUUGGCCUCAAUGCUGCUGGCUUGGCCAAGACCAUGUCCGUUUCGCACCCCCUACUUGCUGGAGCGCUCUCUGGCGGUCACUACCCUUUUCUGACCACCGGACUCGCCGGACCUGACGGGACUGCUGUGCCCACCUUUGCAGCCUGGGAGUUGGCGGUCGCAAAGACAAUCUACUGGCUUGUUUUACCCGCUAUCCAGUUCUUCCUGGCCGUGUGCUUCGUCGAUACUUGGCAAUACUUUCUACACCGUGCCAUGCACAUGAACAAGUGGUUGUACACCAAAUUCCACUCGCGACACCACCGACUCUACGUCCCUUAUGCUUAUGGAGCCCUCUACAACCACCCCUUCGAGGGAUUCCUCCUAGAUACUGCUGGCACUGGUCUUGCCUACCUUGCCACUGGCAUGACUGCACGACAAGGCAUCCUCUUUUUUACUGCAGCCACCAUCAAGACCGUGGACGACCACUGCGGUUACGCACUACCUUGGGAUCCUUUACAGCAUCUUUCUGGUAACAAUGCCACAUACCAUGACAUUCAUCACCAGAGCUGGGGUAUCAAGACAAACUUUUCUCAGCCCUUUUUCACCAUCUGGGAUAAGGUACUUGGCACCAUGUGGGUGGGCGAUACGUCAUUAAGAUACGAACGGUCAAGAAAGAAUGCUGCUGAUGCGGUCGCCGCUGAAGCUCAGAAGGCGAAAGCUAUGUAA